AUGUCUCAGACUUGCGUAACUGAUGGUGUCUGUGCGAUCUUCAUUCAUGCAGGUGCAGGCUUUCACAGCCGCGAGAACCAGAGCAAGCACCUCAAGGCAUGUGAAUCAGCUGCGACCACCGGAAUGGCAUUCUUGAAGAGGGGUGCUACCGCCGUUGAAGCCGUCGAAGCAGCCUUGAUGGUGCUCGAAGACAAUCCGAUCACGAACGCAGGGUUCGGAAGUAACUUGAAUGCAAAUGGGGUUGUUGAGUGUGAUGCCUCAAUUGUCGAUCAUCAUGGCCUGAGUGGAGCUGUCGGAGCUGUUCCCAACAUCAAGAACCCAAUCAUGCUUGCUCGCAAGGUCUAUGACCAGUCCAACAUACAUUUGGGUCACUCUAGGGUGCCACCGAACUUCCUGGUCGGAGAAGGGGCUAAAGAUUUUGCAUGGGAGCACGGUAUAGUCAUCGUGCCCGACGAGAGCAUGAUCACCCCUAUCGCAAAACUGAGAUACACAUCCUGGGCCGAAGAGCUGCAAGAUCUCGAAAAUGAAGUUCGUGGUGAAGCGAUUGAUCCUUGGGUUCGACGCCCCAUGACUCCCGUCGACGCUCGCCUUGCUCGCCUCGAGCAGGUUUCUGAAGCCAGGAGUCCAUCUGUUCAAUCCUCGGAAUCUUCUAGUGACAAUGGAGCGGGUGACGAAAUCAGACGUCAGGUCGGUCGCCUCAAUCUAAGAAGCAUCAAGGAGCAGCAUCGGAGAUCGCCGCUGAAUAAUCCGACUCAGAGUAAUACCAACCUCGAAGGGCCUUAUCCACCUGUGCAGCCCCUCUCGGCUUCAACCUUAUCCCAUAGUGGCAACCCCGAGGAUGCCGAUUGCAUACAAGAUGGAGAUCGGAUGGACAUGGUCACAGACACCAUUGGCGCCAUUGCCAUUGACAGAUUUGGAAAUAUUGCGGCAGGGUCUUCUUCUGGGGGAAUCGGCAUGAAACACCGUGGCCGGGUUGGCCCUGCAGCACUGAUUGGCAUUGGCACCCAUGUCAUUGCGCAAGACCCAGCUGAUCCCGAUGGGACCACCUGUGCGGCUGUUACGUCUGGGACAGGCGAGCUCAUUGCUGGGACGCUCGCGGCAAGCACCUGCGCAACGCGGAUGUACCACAGUCAGAAGAAGGGCGAUGAUGGUGUUCUUUGCGAGGUCAUGGAAGAAGAGGCCCUCAGAGAGUGGAUGAAAGGGGAGUUCACUGGACAUAGCGUUGUGGAAAACAGCAUCCUCUUUGGCGCCAUCGGAAUAAUGGUCGUGAAAAAGACCAAUUCUGCAAUCGAGUUCUAUUUCGCGCACAACACCGAUUCUUUCGCUAUUGCUACUAUGUCUAGCAAAACGGCAAAACCGUCUUCUUUGAUGUCUAGAAGCUCACGAGGUGUUGUGGCCCAAGGUGGUUGCCGAGUCAGGCUUGGA